AUGUCAUUUGGCAGUUGGGUGUCUAACGGUGUUGUUGGUUCUCCAGCAUUUGCAGCCUUUGAUCAAGGUUAUGAUGUUUUCCUCGGGAAUUUUCGUGGCCUGGUUUCCAGAGAACAUGUUGACAAGAAUAUUUCUUCACAGCAGUAUUGGCGUUACUCCAUUAAUGAGCAUGGGACUGAGGACAUACCUGCAAUGAUAGAGAAGAUUCAUGAAGUAAAAGUGUCUGAACUCAAGUCUAGCCAACCUGAUCUGGAGGAAGAAAAUAAUAGUGAUCAGCCGUACAAACUUUGCACAAUUUGCCACAGCUUGGGAGGAGCUGCUAUUCUGAUAUAUGUCAUAACACGUAGAAUUGAAGAAAAGCCCCAUAGGCUUGCAAGAUUGAUCCUAUUGUCACCUGCCGGCUUCCAUGAUGAUUCAACCUUUCUGUUUACGGUGGUGGAGUGGCUGUUCCUGCGGUUUGCCCCUAUCCUCAUGCCCCUAGUGCCUGCUUUUUAUAUACCGACGAGAUUUUUCCGCAUGCUAUUUAACAAGUUGGCACGGGACUUCCACAACUACCCUGCAGUUGGAGGACUGGUUCAAACCCUAAUGAGUUAUGUCGUCGGUGGAGACAGCUCAAACUGGGUUGGAGUGAUUGGCUUACCUCACUAUAAUAUGAAUGACAUGCCGGGAGUUUCAUCCCAUGUAGUCCUUCAUCUGUGCCAGAUGAAGCAUUCUAAAAAAUUUAUAAUGUUUGAUUAUGGGAGUGCAGCUGCCAACAUGGAAUUAUAUGGUUCUCCCCAGCCAUUGGACUUGGGGGAAUACUAUGAGUUCAUUGAUGUUCCUGUUGAUCUUGUCGCUGGGCGCAAGGACAAGGUGAUCCGCCCAUCAAUGGUCAGGAAACACUAUAAGUUGAUGAGAAAUGCAGGAGUGGAGGCAUCAUACAAUGAGUUUGAGUAUGCACACUUAGAUUUCACAUUCUCUCACCGUGAAGAACUUUUGGCAUAUGUAAUGUCUCGUAUACUGCUAGUUGGCCCCUCUUCAAAACAACAAUUUGGACAGAAAUCAGCAAGAUUGAGAAGGAAAGAUGUACAAGUGCGUGCUAAUUGAUGGGGAACGCAACCAAUGUCUGAGCAUUUAGUUUUUUGGUUCUGAUGCUUCAGGAAUUGGCAUGCCUGUUUUCUAUGAAUGGUAUGUUGUAUACACAUGAAAAUACUGUAGUGAGGUGUGGAAUAGGUUGUUUUCCGAUUAGAGUGUUAUCAGUCAGAGUUCAGUGUACAUAGUGACUUUCCCUCCAUUUUUUCAAGGGGUUAGAAUUAUUUGAUGAUAUAUCCAGUUGGGUGUGUAAUCAAACUUGUAUACUUCGUAGGAGAGAGUUACUGGUGUGAUGAUGGGUAACCCCAUUGGGUCUGUAAUCAAAGUUGUAUACUCUGUAGGAUAGAGUUACUGGUGUGAUGAAAUUUCUCACUUUGACCUCUACUGUAUGGAUUCAAGGUUGAAUGUGGUAAUUUGUCGUCUGCAAAAGUAAUUUUACCAAUGGACAAUCAGUCACUGUUUGUGCAUGUAAUUUCUGAAACAUUUGGC